AAGUAUAUAAAAUAAGAAAGAUCCCAUCAGUUCACACCACAGACAGAAGCAGAGGAGAAGCAGAGCAAUCAGCAUGAGAAAUUUCAUGUAUCAUCGGAGCCUCCUCGUACUAUGUCUCUCCUUCUUCACCCCGUUGGCUUCUCCCGCCGUACUAUUUCAGGGAUUCAACUGGGAAUCGUGCAACAAGCAAGGGGGAUGGUACAAUUCCCUCAAAUCCACAGUUUCUGACUUGGCCGGAGCUGGAAUCACCCAUGUCUGGCUUCCUCCUCCCUCUCAAUCCGUCGGUCCUCAAGGAUAUUUACCGGGGAGGUUAUACGAUCUCGAUGAGUCAAAGUAUGGGACGCGUGACGAGCUCAAGUCCUUGAUCGAUGCCUUCCAUCAAGCGGGCAUCAAAUGCCUGGCUGAUAUAGUAAUCAACCACCGGACCGCGGAGAAGCAGGACGGAAGAGGAAUAUGGUGCAUCUUUGAGGGCGGGACGCCUGACAGUCGACUUGACUGGGGGCCGUCCUUCAUCUGUAGGGAUGACGCCGCUUAUUCUGAUGGGAAAGGGAACCUCGACUCAGGCAUGGGCUACGACGCGGCCCCGGACAUCGACCACCUGAACCCUCAGGUCCAGAGUGAGCUGUCGGACUGGAUGAAUUGGCUGAAGUCUGAGAUCGGAUUCGAUGGCUGGAGGUUCGAUUUUGUUAAGGGCUAUGCCCCCAGUAUCACAAAAAUCUACAUGGACAAGACGAGCCCGAAUUUCGCCGUCGGGGAGAAGUGGGACACGCUUUCGUUCGGACAGGAGGGCGCGCACCGCGAGGCAUUGGCCAGCUGGGUCCGGGAUGCCGGCGGGGCAGUCAAGGCCUUCGACUUCACCACAAAGGGGAUCCUCCAGGCUGCUGUGCAAGGGGAGCUCUCGCGGCUCAAGGACUCAAACGGGAACCCACCAGGACUGAUCGGUCUGUUGCCCGAGAACGCCGUCACCUUCGUAGAUAACCACGACACGGGAUCGACUCAGAAACUGUGGCCAUUCCCUUCCGAUAAGGUCAUGCAGGGGUACGCGUACAUCCUCACGCAUCCGGGCACCCCAACAGUUUUUUACGAUCACUUCUUCGACUGGGGGCUGAAGGAGGAGAUCAGCAAGCUGAUAUCAAUCCGGGCGAGGAACGGCAUCAAUGAGCAGAGCAGGGUGAAGAUCGUGGCUGCCGAUGCCGAUCUCUAUGUUGCAGCCAUUGGUGAUGAUGAGAAGAUCAUGAUGAAGAUAGGACCGAGGAACGACGUUGGAGGCCUCGUUCCAAGCAAUUACCAGAUUGCCACCUCUGGUACCAACUACGCUGUGUGGGAGAAGAAGGCAGUUUGAACUAUUUGAUGGAUGAUAGAAACGAUGUCUAUAUCUCACUCGUGAUCAUUGACAAAUAAGAAAACGAUGCUUCUUAAUGCUUACUCGUGUUUUAAUGGACAACAUCCCAACUAUUAAAACGAUAUCAUAUAUGUAUUCAGCCCGA